AUGGAACUGCCUCGGCAUAACACCAUUCCUAUUUGUCAUAGUCAUUUGUUGAUGGGCCAUGCCAGCACCGAUUCUGAGGUGAAUAUAUUACUUGCCCUCAAGAAUAUAUGGUCGAUCUGUGCAAUAUGUUCUAGUCGCCUGAACCUCAAUGAAAGACGCUUGCUGGAUGAUUUGUGUUUUUUUCGUUCGAGGGCUAUCAGAGACCCAAAUUGGACAACCUCGAGUCCCGAUUCAGGUAUUACGCUCCUCUUGAUGGCUCCCUGA